GAUGGAAGAAGAAAAAGGAAAGAUGUUGUAUAACAGGUCAAAGGUUAAUAUAGAUGGAGACUUACAGGCACCCGGUCGCCCGCCAUGGGAGAGCGAGAGAGAAUGACCAUUACAUAAACAGAUCAAGCAUUUGGUGUAUUAUUGGUGGGUUUAGAUUAAUGGUAUUUAAAGAGAAGGACUAGGGCUGGGCUAACAGAGGGACAGGGGAGUGUGUGACCAGUUGGUCUAGAAAAGCCCUGACUAAACUACUGUGCCUCUGAUUUGAUCAGAUGCCGAUAAACACACACCCACAAUAACACACACACACACACACACACACCAUCUCCUGGCUACUUUGUGUGGACGUCACACAAUACUAGUUAAUAAGACCGUUCACUAUCUGUGUGUGGAGGGACAUGACACACCUAGGUUUAUUGAAAAUAAAUCACUUCCCCGUGUGUGGUACCAUUUGAAGAGUUCCUGUAUGACUGUGUGUGGUACCAUUUGAAGACUUCCUGUAUGACUGUGUGUGGUACCAUUUGAAGANUUCCUGUAUGACUGUGUGUGGUACCAUUUGAAGACUUCCUGUAUGACUGUGUGUGUUGACAUUGAGAAGCAUGCUACGGGUAGUAAUGAGACCUAAAGGUCUGUGUGUGACCCCAUAUUGGUCUGUUUCCCCACCAGGUAUUACUACAACAAGAGAAUCCUCCACAAGACCAAAGGRAAGAGGUUCACCUACAAGUUCAACUUCAACAAACUGGUCCUGGUCAACUACCCUUUCAUAGACAUGGGCUCCACAGGUAGUGGUGUUCCUCAGAGUGCUCCACCUUUGCCUUCCGCAGCCGGAACUCAUUUCCGCUUCCCACCSUCCACGCCRUCCGACAUGCUUUCGCCCAAUGAGGACCUGCGUAGCCCCGGGGGCGUGUUCAGCGCCGUGGCUCGGCGCAUGGCUCGCGGCUCGGUCAGCGACUGCAGCGAUGGGACCUCCGUCAACUCUGAAAUCGAGGACGGCAACGGGGGAGGAGGGGAGGAGAGGGGGGGGGAGAGAGGGCUGAGUGGAGGAGGAGGAGGAGGGCCAGGGGGAGGAGGGUACAGGAGUAUGAUCCACCCCCGUUUGUCCCAUGAGUCUCUGUUCAGGAUGUAUGGUGGAGCAGGGAACCCCAACGCCCACCCAGGCUCCCGCGGCCCCCUGGGACACAGGGUCCACCCCGACAACCUGUCCCCCUUCCCCGUGUCCCCCCUGCCCGGCCCUGGGGGUGCAGGGCUCUUAGCCCCACCUCUGUCCCCAGCCCUGCCCUUGACGCCCUCCUCCCACCUGCCCUACACCCCGUCCCCCUCCCUCUCCCCCAUGCUGGGCUCCCACUUCUCCUUCAACCCUGAGGAAAUGAAGCGCUACCUGCAGGCCCACCACCAGAGUGUCUACAACUACCACCUCAGCCCCAGAGCCUUCCUCCACUACCCCAACGUCAUCAUUCCUCAGCCACACCGCCUCGCCCAAGACAAGAGAGAACUGGGCGAGAGGGGGGGAGCAGAGAGAGGAGGAGAGAGGGGGGGAGGAGAGAGAGGAGGAGAGAGGGGGGGAGAACGCUCAGGUCUGAAUAGUCAUCGACACCCAUCACCCCUGUCCCAAUCACACUCUCCUCACCCUCACUCAGCCCACCCUCACCCACACUCAGCCCACCCUCACUCGGCCCAUUCCCAUUCCCACCCCCACCCCAUCCACCACCCACUGCACCUGGGUGAGGAGCCGCCUAACCUCUCACCCUUCAAGUUCAAGCUGCAGCCUCCUCCAUUGGGCCGCAAGCAGAGGGACGGUAGCCAGGGCCACCACCCCAGGCAGAGCUCACUGUCCUCGGGCUCAGGGUCCCUGUCGUCCUCCGGUCUGGGGUCCUCYYUGUCCUUCGGCAGUGACCUGAGCUCAGCCGGCGGGUCAGGACUCAUCUCCAACUCCUCCUCCACCGGCUCCCUCAACAGCACUGGGCUGCCCAAGAUCAAGGUGGAGCCCAUCUCAGACAUUGAGUCAGAAGAGGAGGUGGAGGUGACUGACAUCAGCGAUGAAGACCCCGACGACCGGGGCGACGAGUACGACCUCUUCUCCCCCCGACACCCCCGGCCUCACCCCCACCACCCCAACGGGACCUCCUCCCACCCACACCCCCACGACGAGGACCUGGAUGAGGAUGUCUUCAAGGCCCCCGAGAGAGAUGAGAGAGAUCAUUCUUCGUCCUGCGCUUGGCAGUAA